GUCCAAUGAGUGGUGGAUUUUGUUUUUCUUCGUAGCUUAAAAUACCACAACGGGGCGGCUUUUAUGAGGAGAGAAAUUUGGCAUGUGCUUUCCAGAAAAGGAAAAGAAAAAACUAUAAGCUGCCUGUGCUCUCUUGCAAGAUGUACCAGUCGUUGGUCUCACAAAUGACGAUAUUUUAUUUCAGAGGAAGUUGAACUAGGGUUUCUGUUACUUUCUAAUUUCAGUAAUCACUAUUUUUUGACAUUGCUAAAGUUAAUUGAUGAAAUAUACGUUAAUCUGCGAAGAAGAGAGUUGUUCCAUUCUAACAUCAAGCAAGCUCUGAAGGGACUUGUGGAUUGUCGAAAAGAUGAGUCGGACCUACGUUAUCCUGACGAUAUUGUGUCUGUAUCAUACCUCUUCUGGACAGGACUGCCCCAGCAAGCAGGAGCUGCAGAGCUCCCUGCGCCAGCUGCACAAGCUGCUGUCGGCCCACGAGGCCUCCUACCUGCAGAGUCUGCGCUCGCUCCGGAAGAAGCUGAACCUCCUCCAGAGCACCGCGGCGCGGCAGGGCGGCAAAGCCAGCAACGGGACCUGCCCGAAGCUGGAGGCGCCCAACCACGGCAGGAAGCUGGGCAAGCUGCUGGCGGCGGGGCACGAGGUGCACUUCCUGUGCGAGCCCGGGUACGAGCUGGUGGGGUCCGAGACCAGGCUGUGCCAGGAGUCCCUGAGCUGGAGCGGCCAGCAGCCGUCCUGCAGGAACAUAAACGAGUGUGCUUCCGCCCCCUGCCUGAACGGAGGGACGUGCGCGGACGACGUGAACCGCUUCCUCUGCACGUGCGCCAGGGGCUGGAUCGGCGCCACCUGCCACACCCCCAUUCCCACGUUCUUCACUUUGGUGACCAACGGCUCCUCAGCUGCCGCCACCACCUCCUCCCCCACCUCCUCCUCGCUCUCCCCGUCCUCUCCCCCGUUCUCUCCCUUCGUGCACCCCGCCCGCUGCACGCAGUUCCUGGGCUCCACGCGCUGCACCUGUGAGGCGGGCUUCACCAUUUCGGGCCGGGACAGCAGCCUGUGCAUCGACAUAGACGAGUGUGAGCUGUUCCACAUGGGACAGGCGGGGCGUCUGUGCCUGCACAACUGCGUGAACACCCCCGGGGGCUACCGCUGCACCUGCCCCGCCGGCUACAACCUGACCCGGGACAGCCGCAACUGCAAAGACAUUGACGAAUGUGAGACCAGACAGCACAACUGCACCCGAGACCAGCUGUGUGUGAACACGUACGGCGGCUUUCAGUGUGUGCGCGUGGAGUGCCCCCGCAUCCGAAACGCCACCUACGUCAAGACCUCGCCCGUGCGGUGCGAGCGGAACCCGUGCCCGGUGGAGAACAAGGCGUGCGCCCAGGCGCCCAACUCGGUGUCCUUCCACUUCCUGUCGGUGGUGUCCAACCUGUCGGCGCCGCGCGUGCUGUUCCGGGUGUCGGCGGCGCGGGUGCUGGGCGACACGCUGCGCUUCGGGCUGCUGGGGGCGCGCGGGCGGCGCCACUUCACCGUGCAGCGCUCCGACCGGCAGACGGGCCAGCUGCUGCUGGUCAGCCCCGUGCAGGGCCCCGCCACGCUGGAGGCCGAGGUGGAGAUGAGCGAGCUGGAGCGCCGCGUCACGCUGGGCCGCUACGUCACCAGGGUCACCGUCUUCGUCUCGCCCUACGCCUUCUAGCGCCC